UUAGUGUAUUUGUGCGUGAAUUAAACACCUGAUGUUUUGGAGUAACAGCAAAAACUUCUUGGGGGAAAUCGAUUUUCAUCGCACUAAUCGAUUAUAUUAGGGGGUUAGAUAGUAACAAGGCAAAGGUAAGGGGGCGGACCAAGGAUGGCAGUUAAUGCGAGGACCAUGGGUGAAACGGUAAUUGUAAGCUAAAACAUCUGCUUUCUUUAGCGCGGCAACGCUAAUAAUAAUAAUGAGAGUAGUUUUGCCAAAUUGCAAAAAUCAACAAGGACGAUGCAGAAAACGCCAUUAACGAUUACAGCUAUGCAAAUCCGGUUUGCGAACGUCUGAUUUAUCCUGGGAGAGAGAGAGGGAGAGAAAGAGAGAGAGAGAGAGAGAAGGAGAGGGACUCGUAGAAUUCGUCGCUUCUCUGGAUCUCCUCUUUCAGAUCCUUCUCCGUCUUUCGUGCUGCGUUUGGUCUUUUCUCUUUAAAAAAUAUUCCGAAUCUUCUUCUUCUUGAGGGUUUAUAUGCAUCCGGUGUUACGCGCGGCGUAUGAGAGGUAUGACAACGGAAGAGGAUCAGAUGCAAGGACCAAGCGGAUGUGAAGAAAAGAUUUAUGUUUCUGUUCGUCUGCGACCUUUAAAUGACAAGGAAAGGUUAAGGAAUGACGUGCCUGACUGGGAGUGCAUCAACAAUACAACAGUCAUUUACAGGAGCCAUCUCUCUAUUUCUGAGCGUUCCAUGUAUCCUUCUGCUUACGCAUUUGACCUCAUCCUUCUUUCUCUGCCUCUAGACAGAGUGUUUGGCCCUGAUUGUUGCACGAGGCAAGUGUACGAGCAAGGGGCGAAGGACGUUGCUUUCUCAGUUGUCAGUGGCGUCAAUGCUAGCGUCUUUGCAUACGGGCAAACAAGCAGUGGAAAGACGUACACUAUGAGUGGAAUUACUGACUGCACCUUGGUUGAUAUAUAUGACUACAUUGACAAGCACAAGGAAAGAGAAUUCAUAUUGAAGUUCUCUGCCAUGGAGAUCUAUAAUGAGUCUGUAAGAGACCUCUUAAGUACAGAUAGUAGUCCUCUCAGACUUCUAGAUGACCCUGAGAAAGGGACAGUUGUUGAAAAACUCACAGAGGAAACUCUGCGAGACUGGAAUCAUUUCAAGGAGCUCCUAUCUGUCUGCGAAGCUCAACGACAAAUUGGAGAGACAGCUCUAAAUGAAGUUAGCUCUCGCUCUCAUCAGAUUUUGAGAUUGACAGUUGAAAGCACGGCUCGUGAAUUUUUCACCAACGAUAAAUUUAGUACACUAACAGCAACAGUGAACUUUAUUGAUCUUGCUGGAAGUGAACGUGCAUCUCAAUCAUUAUCAGCCGGCACAAGGUUGAAAGAAGGUUGUCAUAUAAACCGAAGCUUGUUAACGCUGGGAACUGUGAUCCGUAAACUAAGUAAAGGAAAAACUGGGCACAUUCCAUUCAGAGAUUCAAAACUGACACGCAUACUUCAGUCUUCCUUGGGUGGAAAUGCCAGAACUGCCAUAAUUUGUACCAUGAGUCCUGCAAGAAUCCAUGUUGAGCAAUCAAGAAACACACUGUUAUUUGCGAGCUGCGCAAAGGAGGUGACAACAAAUGCACAAGUAAAUGUUGUCAUGUCUGAUAAAGCUUUAGUAAAACACUUGCAGAGGGAGUUGGCUAAACUGGAAAGCGAGUUGAGAAGCCCUGGUCAGCCUCCGAUUGCUUCUGCAACAACUGCAUUACUGACGGAGAAGGACCUCGAGGUUGAAAUGCUAAAAAAAGAGGUAGUCCAACUAGCACAAGAGCUAGAGCAAGCUCGUUCUGAGAUUGAGGAUCUUCGACGAAUGGUUGGAGAAGAAAGACAACGAAAUAAAGAGACACUAACAAGAGAAUCAGUAGAGUUAAAUGUGUUGCUGGAAGAUCAAUACCCCAAGCUGCGGGUGCGCAGUACAUGGGACUCUGAGAAUACAACACCAUUAAGCCCUAUAUCAGCUCACCGUUCCAGUCUGUCUCCACGUUCAACUGAAUACAGUUAUGACGAGAACGUCUUCCAGCUUUCAGAUUUCAGGAUAGAUUCUGGGUCAAGUAGUCCAUUUCAACAGCUGGCCUUUGUAACUCCUUGCCCUGAAGUUGUACUUGAUAUUCACGGGGAAGAAAAUAAAGCACAAUCUCAAGUUCUCAUAGAGGAAAUUCCAGAUCAACCUCAUGUUCAGGAGGAACGGCUUAGUGUAAUGGCUGAACAGACUGGUGAAAAUUCUGAGGAUAACUGCAGGGAAGUUCGAUGCAUAGAAAUGGAGAAGUCAGAUGUCACUAUACAUCCAGAGGAAAAAAUGCCGGAGAGCAGUCCAGACAGAUACGACGUUGUGAAUGCAGAAGAACCAGUAUGUGUGACAGAGCCAACGAACUUACGACCACCCAUAGAAGUUGAAGAAGACAAAGAAGAAGAAGCUGAAGAAGAAGAAGAAGAAGAAGCUGAAGAAGACAAAGAAGAAGAAGCUGAAGAAGUAGAAGAAGCUGAAGAAGAAGAAGAAGAUGAAGAAGGAGAAGAAGAUGAAGAAGAAGAAAGAGUAAAGCAAGUCAGUGGUGCCUCAACUCAACCAAAACAAGAAAGCAAAAUCAUCAAAACCCCUCCAUGCUGUGGUUUCAAAUCUUCUCCUGAUGAGUUUGAUACAGACAUGUCUAACCUUAGUGGAAACCCCAUGCCUCCAGCACUUAUCACUCCCUCCCCUGUAAAGCGUUUCUCUUGGGAUACCGAGAGAGAUCCACAACCGUUGAGAGGCAUGAAACUGAGUAGAAGUCGAAGCUGCAGGGCAAGCGUGUUAUCGAGCUCCUCCUCCUCGUGGUUUGAGAAAGAUGCUGAUACACCGCCAAGCUGGUACGACAAAGAGUUUGUUAAAACAGCUGAGAGAAACCUGGUGCUGUGCGAGAUAAAAAAUGAGAGGUUAUUGCAGGAUGAGUUUGGCAUGGCAACAACUUGGCUCGAGAGAAGCUUGAGUGACUCUCAAACUGGGCAUGCUGCUUCGCAUGAUGUCAGUAAGGAAAUGGCAUCACCAAAUGAAUCACCGUACCGCCCCUCUGAUGUUUCUCAGACAAGUGGUGGAGCAUCAACCAGGGAGGUCCAAACCGAGAAGACUGCUGCUCAGAAAGACAAGCGAAUCAUUCAUCGCUCGAUGGAGGAAAUAGAACACAAGUUCUUGGCCUUGAGCGCGACAAAGAGUUUCAAAGACGCUGCAUUGGACCCUAUACAGGACUACUUAGACACGCCUUUGAAUUGGCCGGAGGAGUUCAAGAGACUACAGAGGGAGAUAAUAGAGCUGUGGCACACGUGUAACGUCUCCAUGGCCCACAGAAGCUACUUCUUCCUUCUGUUCAGAGGAGAUCAGAAAGAUUGCUUGUACUUGGAGGUUGAACUCCGUAGACUUAAAUACAUCAGAGAAUCUUUUGCCCCAAGUAGCAAAGCCGGCGACGAUGGACACAAUCUGACCUUAAUCUCCAGCAGCAGCACGAGGGCGUUGACGAGGGAGAGGUUUAAGCUGAGCAAGCUGAUGCAGAGGAAGCUGUCGAAAGAAGAGAGAGAGAAUUUGUUCUUGAGAUGGGGCAUUGGGCUGAACACAAGGCACAGGCGGGUCCAGCUGGCCCACAGGCUCUGGUCGGAUUACAAAGACAUGGGUCACGUCCGAGAGAGCGCCUCCCUCGUUGGUAAGCUCCAUGGAUUCGUGGACAUGAACUUGACUUCCACCGAGAUGUUUGGCAUCAACUUUGCUUUCAGACCACCUCGUCCCAAGAAAUCUAGUCUUUGGAAACGCAGCGUUUUGUCCCUCUCCUUUUUGUAACUAACUCUAAUAAAUAAAGCAAACCAUUAGUGAAUUUGAAGGCAGUGGCUUCCGUGACGUUCCCAAAAUAUCAAUCUGACUACGUAAAUCAGUCGGUGUCGUUUUAUGACGUUAGGACUAAUUAAUAUCAGAUU